CAUUCAAAUUGUUUUGAGAAGCAGUGGAAGCUUGAUCCGGGACUUUCAAUCUGACCAACCACAAAUCCAGUAAAAUGGCUGCGACAGCCUCGGCGGAACCAAGCGGCAGACAGCCUUGCUACGAGUUGAUCCGUUGCGCUCUCUUGAGUCGUGACGACCGAUCAAUGACUUUGCAAGAGAUCUAUCAGUGGAUUCGACACAACACCGAGGAAGAUAUGACUCCAUCUACGUCCACGAUUCGCUACAAUCUCAGCAUGAAUAAGGUGUGUCUGAAGAUCGCGUACAUCUUCGCAGCGAUUACGUCCAGCGAGAAUCUUUUUCUUCUUCCGCUUUUCUUUCGAUGACACCUCUCGUAAUUAUUUGACUGGUAAGCCCCUAUCUUUGACCCGGAAGCUAAUGACGAAAGGCUUUCGUUCGAACGUUCGAUGAGCAAUCAAUAUGGCAGCUUUCAUCCCAGUUCGCCCACAAAAUUUUAUCAACAAGCUUUUGCCAUAGACGGGCAUUUCCCUCCAGCGGUAAAUCACAUAGAGCCAUACGCGAGUCGAGUAAUAUUCUACCCGCACGGAAGAAAAGACGCCGUGGUAAAGAUACCACAGUCCUGAAUGCGGGUGGAUCCGUUGGCAUAAUGACUCAUGUGAGCACCUUUGCAGAUGGUAACAGUGUCUGCAGUGCCCCGAGAUGCUUCGAUGAGCAACUUCCAUCGGUUUGCUUUCAGUGCCUGCUUGGAGAAAAUGAGCUGUGCGAUAAGAGAAGACCA